AUGUCUAUUCAUUGCCUGAAAUCUCAUGCUGUUACACUCUAUGAAGCGGGGAAAUUGGGUCAUGCCAGCAUUGCUGAUCUUUGCAAGGAUCUUAGUUCUCUGGAAGGUGCCAAAUUUGAGGGAGAGCUGCAGGAAUUUGCAAAUCAUGCAUUUAGCUUGCGUUGUGUAUUAGAAUGUCUACAAUCUGGUGGUGUUGCUUCUGAUGCAAAACUUGUUGAAGAUAAGAUGGAUCUGGCUACUUUAAGAAAUGAUGACUCUGGUUCUCUAAUAUCUGAGAUCUCCUUGACUGAGAAAUGUGAAGACUCUGGUAUUACAGAAGCUAAGAAGAAUGAUUAUGAUAUAUUAAAUUCAGAUUUAGGGAAGUCCGUACAGGUGCCUGCUUCCACUGAAGCUACGUCUGGUAAUAUGGUUAGUGGAACCUGUUCUAUCCCUUUUGACGAUGAUGGUAGCCAUGUACAGGAUGAAGCCAAUGAAGAUGGAAAUCUUCGGAAUGAUGAGAAAGUGAUGGUUGAAGAGACAAAUGUUGGUACGGAAAUGUUCAAAAAAAUUAAGAAAUAUCGUGUAGAUAUUCUCCGCUGUGAAAGCUUGGCUUCACUUGCUCCAGCAACCCUUAAUCGAUUGUUUGUUCGUGACUAUGAUGUAGUUGUGUCCAUAGUGCCUCUUCCUCAUUCACCAGUUCUUCCUGGACCCACAGGUCUGGUUCAUUUUGGUCCCCCCUCAUAUUCUUUUAUGACUCCUUGGAUGAAGUUGGUAUUAUAUUCAACUGUAGCUAGUGGGCCUCUAUCAGUUGUUCUGAUGAAAGGACAGUGUCUGUGCUUACUUCCUGCUCCAUUGGCUGGUUGUGAGAAAGCUCUCAUAUGGUCUUGGGAUGGUUCCACCGUAGGAGGGUUGGGAGGGAAGCAUGAAGGAAAUUUAGUAAAGGGAAGUAUACUCCUCCAUUGCUUAAAUUCACUUCUUAAACAUUCAGCUAUACUGGUGCAACCUCUAAGUAGGUUUGACCUUGAUGAAUCUGGAAAGGUGACUACAAUGGACAUCCCUCUGCCUUUAAAGAACUCUGAUGGAUCAAUUACCUCUGUUGGAAAGGAGUUAGGAAUAUGUGAAGGGGAAUGUUUAAAACUGAAUUCUCUAUUAACUGAUUUGGCUAACCAGAUGGAACUAUGGACAGUUGGGUAUGUUCGUCUACUGAAAUUAUUUAAUGGACAAGAAUCAGACCAGGUCUCACCUCAAGAAGAAAAGUAUGAAUGGGUUCCGUUGAGUGUUGAAUUUGGGAUGCCAUUAUUCAAUCCAAAGUUGUGUAAUAAUAUAUGUCAAAGGGUUGUUUCUUCUGAAUUACUUCAAUCUAGCUCGUUUGAAGAACACCAUCAUGCAAUGCAAAGCUUAAGGAAGAACUUGCGUGACAUAUGUGCUGACUAUCAAGCAACAGGUCCUGCUGCGAAGGUUCUUUACCAGAAAGAGAAAGCUAAGGAAUCCCCACGCCAACUUAUUAAUUAUGCUAGUGGAAAGUGGAAUCCACUCAUGGAGCCUUCUUCUCCAAUUUCAGGGGCCUCAAGUGAGCAUCAAAGGCUAAAACUUGCUAAUCGACAACGCUGCCGAACUGAAGUUUUAAGCUUUGAUGGCAGCAUUCUGAGAUCUUAUGCCUUAACUCCUCUUUACGAAGCUUCCUUAAUGACCAUCGAAGAAGGUACUCAAGCCAACACAAUGAAAGCUGAAACAGAUGAAAGUGAUAGUAAAGACGUAAUCCUUCCUGGAGUAAAUCUUAUUUUUGAUGGUUCUGAGUUGCAUCCGUUUGAUAUAGGUGCCUGCCUCCAGGCACGUCAGCCUAUUUCCGUAAUAGCAGAAGCAGCAGCUGCCUCAGCAUCUUUAGCUAUCAAAUAG